AUGGCAGGAUCCAAAUCAUCUGGCAAAAUAUUUGGAGGUAAGGUUAGUGUUUUUAGGGGUGAUUUCAGGCAGAUUCUACCAGUUAUACCAAGAGGAAUCCGUUCAGAUAUAAUUCAUGCAACAAUUAAUUCAUCAUACAUAUGGGAUCAUUGUGUCAUUUUGAAACUUACAAAGAACACGAGACUUCAACAGUAUGGGAUUAACACAAGUCCUUCUGAGUUGGAACAAUUUUCGAACUGGAUAUUGAAACUCGGGGAUGGAAAGUUAGCGAAAGCCGAUGAUGGUUAUGCAGAGAUUGAUUUUCCUCCAGAACUGUUGAUCACAGAUUUUGAUGAUCCACUUCAAGCAAUAUUUCAAAACACAUAUCCAAAUUUUGCUGUUAAUUACCAUAAUGAAACAUUCUUACAAUCAAGGGCAAUAUUGGCUGGAACCAUUGAGACUGUUGAUCUAAUAAAACAAUAUGUAUUAGAAUUUUUACUAGGCGAACAAAAGGAAUAUUUAUGUCUUGAUUCAGUUGAUACAUUGGAUGAUGAAGGCAACAAAUCUUUUGAUGUUUUAACUCCUGAAUUUUUGAAUACACUCAGAACUUAUGGUCUUCCCAAUCAAAAGAUUAAAUUAAAGAUUGGUACUCCAAUAAUGCUUCUUAGAAAUAUUGAUCAAGCAGAAGGUUUGUGCAAUGGGACACAACUCAUGCUUACAAGAUUGGCAGAUCACGUUAUCGAAGCAAAAAUUAUUUUAGGCAAAAACAUCGGAGGUGUCGUAUAUAUUACAAGAAUGAAUAUUAAUCCUACUCAGUCCCUAUGUCCCUUCAAGAUGACUAGAAGGUAA